UUCGUCAAGCUUUCUCAAACCUAACUUGAACUUCUUUUGAAGCUCAUUCAUGUCUCGCACAUCCGUAUCAACUAAGUUAGCGAUGGCUCGUAAUGCUUCGGCGAGGUCUUGGAGGGCGUGGAGGAAAGGUAGCGGACGAUUAAGUUUUUCAAGGAUGAUGACACGUUUGAAGUUUUUGGGGAUGUUUUGUUUGAUGUUAAUGGGACUCCAUUACCUCACCCUCCUCUAUUUGAAUCAAGGCCUCAGAAUCAUACAUAAUGAUAGUUUUACACAUGUGCUGCAUCUAAAUAUACGAGACAAACAAAUAAGUGAUACAAAUGGUAUAAAUCAUACGCCCACCUACUGGACACCAUUCCAUAGAUACAUGGAAAAGAUCAAACACUGCAAAAAAUGCCCCCGUGUUCACAAGUGGGAGCCUUAUUUUGCAGCCUAUACGGAACAAUUAUCACGCUUCCGGGGCCGUAAGGUUGUCAUGAUGGAAGUAGGUGUUCAGUCUGGCGGCAGUAUGAUGAUGUGGCGGUCCUUUUUUGGUUGCAGAUUUGAAUACUAUGGUAUAGACAUCAACCCACAGGCUCAACAGUUUGCGAGUGAAUGGGCAACAAUCUUUAUCGGUGACCAGGGAAAUCCCGAAUUCUGGAAGGACAUUAAAAAGAAGGUGCCAGUUAUCGACAUCUUUCUUGACGAUGGUGGGCAUAAUAUGUCUCAGCAAUUCACCACAUUCGAAGCCAUGUUUCCACAUGUUAAAAGUCGCGGUGGUGUCUAUGUAUGUGAAGAUUUGAGCACCAGUUAUUCUGCCAAUUUCCUUGGCCAGCCCUUAUCAAAUGGCACGGUUCAAGAAUAUGGAAGGACCGGUGGUAAAACUUUCGUUGAAUUGAGCAAAAAAAUGAUCGACUGGUUGAAUUGCUAUUUUGUGUCUGGGGAUGUAAUGGCUGCAAGUGCGUCUUGCCCUCCCAUAUUUGAUGGUCUGCCGGCUGUUUCUGAAUUCAAGCAGUUUGGAUAUAGUCUGCACUUUUAUAGUCAAAUCAUAUUUAUCCAGAAGGAACGUGUCAUUCCCCCCUUUCAUUAUAUGGCCGGGGGUUACUCUUUUCCAUAUGGUUAUUCGACAACUGUGUGGGACGGCAACCGCUAUGAUGCACCAGCAGAGGCUAUCAUAGAUAUCUAAAACAAAUAUCUAAAACAAUCAUGUUUUUGUAUUCAUCAUUGACCAUAAUGCAUUCUUUUUACCCACAACAUUUCUAUGGAUAUCACUGUUUGCAAAACUGAAGUGGCCAAAAUCGAAAUCGGUUUCGCGAAAAAAGCCCAAAUCCCAUUCGCUGUCCCUUCCAGAUCUGCAGACGAUAUCGUGCGCGCGGGCAGAGGGCGACUUUUCGACCGCGGCGCGAGCACGUAACAGUCGAGCGAUCGUUUCCGAGACGGCAUGGGGCGUGUCGCGAUCAGGGCGGGGCGAUUCGAGCGCGCGCGGGUGCGGAAAGGAGCUGGAAAUCGUUUUCGCGAUCGACCGAAAGUCCCUUUCCGAUCCCGCGGGAUGAAAUUGCCUUUCAAUUUUGGCCACUUCAGUCUUGCAAACGGUGAUAUCGGGUAAUGAAUGGUUUAGUUGUCACUCGUUGAAAUGUUUUGUUGGGUUUUGAAACAUUUGAAUAAACUUGGUGUUUUUUCAAUAAAAAUCAUCGAAGAUUUUUUUUAUUCGAGCACGAGGCGUGAACGGGGAAGGGGUACAAGUUCACGAGGGUGAAGUAAAUUGAAAGGGAGUUUUCGAGACACUAGGUGACUCUGACUUUUCUUGGGUGACUGAGAUCUGUGCGGGACACACGAAUUACGGGCAAGGCACUCUCAAGUCACUAAAGGAGCUGCAGAAGUACAAGCAUCUGCUAUGAGCGAGUUAUUAGGAUGCUGACGUGAAAAAUUGCUUUGCGAUACAAAUUAACACGUCAAUAUUAAUACUAUUAUCAUCGC